GAUUGGCGGAGGAGAUCACGUGGCCGUCGCGGUGACGUCAAUUCCCGGAAGCGUGGCCGCCACUUGGCGGGUCCGGGACUCCUCAGCUCCCCCGAGCCCCGGGAUCGCGCCGGGAUCGCUCCGGGCCCUUCAGCUCGCCCCGGGAUCGCCCGGAUCGGCCUCGGAUCCCUCAGCUCGCCCCGGGAUCGCCCCGGGUCCCUCCGCUGUCCCCGCUGUCCCUCUCUCCCCCCGUCCUCCUGUCCCUCUCUCCCGCCUCUGUCCCUCUGUCCCCGGUUUCCCCGCUGUCCCCUCGUGUUCCCCGGUCUCCCCGCUGUCCCCGGUUUCCCCUCUCUCCUCUCCCCGGUGUCCCCCCGGUCCCUCUGUCCCCGGUUUCCCCGCUGUCCCCCCGGUCUCCCCUCUCUCCCGGUGUCCCGGGAUGGCGGAGGGCGGCCCGCGGCGGCUGCGGCCGUGGCUGCUGGCUCAGCUGCAGAGCGGGCGCUUCCCGGGUUUGCAAUGGGACGACGCGGCCCAGACGGCGCUCAGGAUCCCCUGGGCCCACGGCGGGAGGAGCGGGGCCCGCGACGGGGCGGGGGCGGCGCUAUGCAAAGCGUGGGCGGAGUACAAGGGGCGGCUCCGGCCCGGGGACCCCCCCGACCCCGCGGGGUGGAAGACGCGGCUGCGCUGCGCCCUGGCCCGGAGCCCCGAGUUCCGGCAGCUGCCGGGGCGGGGCCGCUCGGACGGGCCCUGCCCCUACCGCGUGUACCGGGUGCUGCCCGCCCGCGAGCCCAAGCCCCCCAGGGGCCGGCAGAGCCAGAAGGAGGCGGGGUUGAGCCCCACGGAGCCCCUCCCACCGACCCCGCCCCCCGAGAGCCAGGACGGGACCCCGGAUGAGGAAAAGCCCGCAGAGCCUCCGCCCCCGGAAGUGCUGCCCCUGCGGAUCGAGGUGGAGACCGCAGAGCCCCUCCCCCCUGCACAUGGGGAUGCGGCGUUGCUGCUGCGGCUGCGCCGAGGCCCCGCCCUGGUCUGGGAGGGGGCGGUGCCUCCUGGCGAGUACCUGCUGAGCCCUCCUGGCCGCCAGGGGGCGGAGCCGCCGCCGCUGCCACGAUUGGUACUUCCGGUGGGGGCGGGGCCGGGGCUACUGCUCAGCAGCGCCCCCCGGGGGCUCUUCCUGCGCCUGCGCCCUGGCGACGGCCCCGCCCCCGGGGUCGUGAGGGGGCCCCACGUGCCCCACGGGCCCCUCCAGCAGGGGGCGCUGCUGCAGCCGUUCGACGCCCAACGAUUCCGGGAGGAGUUGGAGCGGCACCGGGCCGGGCUCGGGCCCCUCCCCCUGCACCGCGUGACCCUGGAGCUCCGCCCCCAUGAGGAGGGGGAGGGGCUGCUGCUGGAGCUGGAACAGGCCUUCGCCCAGCGCCUCCUGGACACCCUGGGGACCCCCCCCGGUCAAUAAAGGCGGAAAUGGGGGUCACCCCCGCCCCUCCCCCA